AUGGCUGUGCCCCCRCCGGCAGAGGCCCCUGGGCAGUUUGUCCUGCCUCCAAAGCCCYUGGUUUUGCCAGCCAAAGCUGGGCAGGUGGGAGGCGAGCUGCCUGCCUGGGUACUUUGCCAGACAGUCAAAAACGAGGGCAUUCCACCUUACAAAAACCAUUCCCCUCCUUUCCCUCUGUUCUUGCUCCGGCCGCAGCGGCAGAGGCGGGAAGCGCACGGCGAGGUGCACAAGCAGGGCAGCCCAAUCUUAAAACGAAGCCCUGACAUCACCAAAUCUCCCCUGACAAAGUCAGAGCAGCUGCUGCGAAUAGAUGACCAUGACUUCAGCAUGAGACCAGGUUUUGGAGGCCCUGCAAUUCCUGUGGGGGUGGAUGUCCAAGUUGAAAGUCURGACAGCAUUUCUGAGGUGGACAUGGACUUCACCAUGACGCUUUAUUUGAGGCACUACUGGAAAGAUGAGAGGCUGUCCUUCCCCAGCACCAACAACCAAAGCAUGACCUUUGAUGGCAGACUGGUGAAAAAGAUCUGGGUCCCCGACAUGUUCUUCGUCCACUCCAAGCGUUCCUUCAUCCAUGACACCACCACAGACAACGUCAUGCUGCGGGUCCAGCCAGAYGGGAAGGUACUUUAUAGCCUCAGAGUUACAGUAACRGCAAUGUGCAACAUGGAUUUUAGUCGCUUUCCCCUGGACACACAGACGUGUUCCCUGGAGAUCGAAAGCUAUGCCUACACUGAAGAUGACCUUAUGCUCUACUGGAAGAAAGGGAACGAUUCCCUAAAAACAGAUGAGAGGAUAUCACUGUCCCAGUUCCUGAUUCAGGAGUUUCACACCACCACAAAGCUUGCCUUUUACAGCAGCACAGGGUGGUACAAUCGCCUCUAUAUAAACUUCACUUUACGCCGACACAUCUUCUUCUUCUUGCUCCAAACUUACUUCCCUGCCACUCUCAUGGUCAUGUUGUCCUGGGUGUCCUUCUGGAUCGACCGACGAGCAGUUCCUGCCAGAGUUCCAUUAGGGAUAACCACUGUGYUGACCAUGUCCACGAUCAUCACUGGGGUGAACGCUUCCAUGCCUCGUGUUUCCUACAUCAAAGCAGUGGACAUUUACCUGUGGGUCAGUUUUGUGUUUGUCUUYCUCUCGGUGCUGGAAUACGCGGCUGUGAAUUAYCUGACAACRGUGCAGGAGCGGAAGGAGAGGAAACAGCGRGAAAAGCCUGCCUGUGCAUGCAGCGUACCUCAGCCCCGGACCAUGAUGGUGGACGGCAGCUACAACGAUGGGGACGUGAACGAGCUGGGGAACUUCAUGUCCGAGAACGGGGACAAACAGGACCGGAUGAUGGUGCAGCUGGCACUGGGCUCGGAGAGGGGCUCRGCCAGGAGGAAAAACCAGAGAUACGUCAGCAUGAGGAUCGACACCCAUGCCAUCGACAAGUACUCCAGGAUAAUAUUCCCUGGGGCAUACAUCCUAUUCAAUUUGAUAUAUUGGUCCAUUUUUUCAUAGAGAUUCAUAACUUYUGUAGUCACAGAGCAUUGUGACAUUAAAUGAAAGUACAGUCUCAUAGGCUGUAUAGACAUAGAGAAUUGUUUUAAUUGAAAGGAAGAUUGAUUUUUUUUUUUCCAGGAUGUGGUUGUUUUUUUUUUUUAUUAGAGG